GCAGUCAUGAGUGGGCUGCUGCUGCCGCCGCCGCUGCUGCUGCUGCUGCUGCGGGCCUCCUCCGGAUGACCUGACUGCCAAAGUCGUCGACUCUCCGUGCAGCUUUUGGAGAUGAUACUCAUGAAAUGAUAAAUACGAGGUAAUUAUUGAUGUUGACUGAUGUACUGGCCAGGCAGUAUCAAUAAGGGGAAUUUCUGUUUUGCCAGAUUCAACAGAGGAUACUACUCCAUGUCCAGAUCAGUCAAGUGUGUGUUUUGGUGACGUCAGCCAUGUUUUGGAAAUUUGAUUUACACACGUCUUCCCAUCUGGAGGCGUUAUUGGACAAGGAAGAUGUCACACUCACAGAGCUCAUGGAUGAGGAAGACGUGCUGCAGGAGUGCAAGGCCCAGAACAGGAGACUUCUCCUGUUCUUGUGUCAGGACCAGUGCAUGCAGGAGCUGGUCCGUAUGAUCACUACAGAGCCUCCUGCUGGCGGAGAGGAAACCAAACGCUUCAAGUAUCCAAAUAUAGCAUGUGAGCUGCUGACAAGUGACGUGGGAGUGAUCAAUGAUAAGCUGGGUAAUGAGGAACCUCUGCUGGAGACUCUCUAUGCCUUCCUGGAGCAGCCAUCCCCGCUUAACCCCCUCCUGGCAUCUUUUUUCAGCAAGACAAUUGGGAACCUCAUCACACGAAAGACUGAACAGGUAAUCAGUUUCCUGCGACGGAAAGAGGAGUUCCUUUCUUUGAUCCUGAAGCAUAUUGAUACAUCGGCCAUGAUGGACGUGCUGCUGCGUCUCAUCAGCUGUGUGGAGCCACCCCCUCUUCGACUGGAGACUCUUACUUGGCUAAAUGAGCAGAAACUGGCCCAGAGACUAAUAGAGCUCAUUCACCCGGAGAGGGAUGAAGAGAGACAGUCCAAUGCAUCUCAGACUUUGUGCGAUAUCAUUCGGCUAAGCAGAGACCAGGCCGGCCAGCUCCAAGAGAUUUCACAGCCGGACCCUUUGCUGACUGUGCUGGAAUCGCAGGAGUGUGUGGAGCAGCUUUUGCAGAACAUGUUCUCAGGAGAGAGAACUGAGAGCUGCAUUGUUAAUGGGAUUCAAGUUCUUCUCACUUUACUGGAAAUCAGGAGGCCUGUGGUGGAUGGCGUAAUGGAUGCUCAGGGAUUUGAGAGAAGCUACACUGUUAACAGCAGUAUUUUGUUGGCCAUCCAGCCACACCUGACACACUUCCACCAACUACUUCUGGAGCCACCCAAGCGAGACCCGAUGCUGACUGCUCUGGGCGUGUGGGAGGACCCGCUGGGAAAUACCCGUCUGCAUGUAGCCAGACUAGUGGCAUCUCUGCUUUAUACGAGCUCUUCGAGCCAUGCAGUGGUAGCGCAGGAACUCUGCAGACUCAACACAAUGGAUGUUCUCCUGGACUUAUUCUUCAAAUAUACUUGGAACAACUUCCUGCAUCUCCAAGUGGAGCUCUGUGUUGCUGCUAUCAUACGGCCCUGUGCUCAUGAAAUGAGACUUCAGGAAAAGAUCAAGCCUCAAGAAGAUGCAUCACAAGAGCAGGACUUGACUGAAACCCCGGCUUCUGAACCUCCAGUAACCUCAGAGGACACUGCACAUAAUCUUAUGGUGACUAAUCUGUUUCAACACUGCCACCUUGUCCAGAGGAUUCUGGAGGCUUGGGAGGAGAAUGACAAAAUGCAGUCAGAAGGUGGGAUGAGAAGAGGGUACAUGGGACACCUUACCAGGAUUGCCAACACAGUCGUCCACAACGUGGAAAAAGGCCCAGUUCACACUCAGAUCAGUAGCCUCAUCACAGAUCUGCCAGAGGACUACAGAGGGCGCUGGGAAACCUUUGUGGACCAAACACUGUCGGAGACCAAUAUGAAGAAUACCAUUGAUCUGGUGGGCACUGGAAACCCCCGACCCUCCUCUGAAGAUGACAUGGAAAGCCCAUUCCCUAAAGAACUCACAAUACAGCAGGCCUUUUCAGACUAUCAGAUCCAGCAGAUGACGGCUAACUUUGUGGAUCAGUUUGGGUUCAAUGACGAAGAGUUUACUGAUCACGAUGACAGCAUUGGGGCAACGUUUGACCGGAUUGCAGAGAUCAACAUCAACAUUGAUGCAGGCCAGGACAGUGCCAACACAGCUGUGUUUGACGCUUGCUCCAAAGAGAGGAUACAGCCGUUUGAUGAUGAUGAGGAAGAUAUCUGGGAGGAGAAAGAGAUAAACUAUGCAACUCAAACUAAGUCCCGGAACAGGUUUGGUGGAUCACAGUCCUCUCAAAGCCAAGUAACCAGUAAGAGCUGCGACAGGACUGCAGCCUCUGGCACCGAGGUCGCUGACUCAGCAGACUCAGACACUGAAGAAGGAGAAGACCCUAAAGAUGACCUGGAUCCUUUCUUAUGUCUGGACCAGGCUGACACAGCUAAGAGCUCCAGUUGGGUGGCAGACUUCGGAGAGGUGAACUCCAAGGCUCCGGCAGCAGGAGUGGGCUUCGCAGCCUGGGACACUCCGGCAGCUCAGCCAGCGGCAGCAGAGGCCGAGGAGAAGGGCUGGGCCAAGUUCACUGACUUCCAGCCUUUUUGCUGCUCUGAAACCGGUCCCAGAUGUAGCUCUCCUGUGGACUCAGAUCUCAGUGGAUCAGACAACACCAAACCAAACCAGAACCCGUGUGUGUGGAGUGUGUGCGUGGCAAGGAAAGCCCCACUCGUGGCCUCAGACACCUCGUCCUCCAGUAGCUCAGACAGCGACGACGAAGAAAGCAAGACCGAGUCCACGUCCAGCGAGACGGUCACCACGGAAACCAUCACGACCGGCGCUGGCAAGGAGACCAUCCGGCUCACCAUGGACGCCAAGAACGAGAGGGCAGUUUUCACCAGAAUUUUCAGACCUGCAGUCAGACGUGAAGCAGACAAAGGGACAAGCAAUGAAAAAGAAAACGAAAAGGGGAAAAAGCAUGGUAACUGUUCCAGCCCGAUCACGACCAGUCCAGCUAACCAGUCGGCCGCCGCCCCACAAGACAUGCAGUCGUCCGCUAACGGUCCGGCCUAACGGCGUGGUGCAGGCGCACAACGUCACACCUGUUCAUUGACAUACAGCCUCGCCACCUUCGCUUCAUGUUAGCAGCCCCCCCCCCCCCCCCCCCCCCCCCCCCGACCCCCUCCUCAAAACGGCCUUUCUGUGUCCGAAGACAAGUAAGUGAACGGGAGCUCCUCAAGCGCUGAAGAUCUGAACAGCAGAAAUCUACACAGGGCUCCUCCUGAUGUCUCUAAUGCACCUUCAUGAUCUGAUAAUAACUGAACUGUUUCCAAGAGUUUUACACAAAAUUUCAUUGUGCCAGAAUACCCCAAAGCCAAACGUUACAGUUUUGUAACUUGCCAUUUUUCCCCCCUACUCAAUUUACAAAACUAAGCAUUCUUACAUGUUGUGAUGAAUAUUGUGUUUUUAGUGCUAAUCGCACUUUAAUCGCUACAGAAAAACAAACAAACAUUUAAGUCUAGAAGUUUCAACUUUUCUUGAAAUUCUGAAUUGGUUUCAUUACAUUUGAGCCUCUUUGCGCUCUGGGUGCGCACACACACACACACACACACACACACACACACACACACACACACACACACACACACACACACACAAAUACACACAUAUAGCCCACUGAGUUUUUCUAGCAAAGCAUUUGACUGUUUACACUUUAGUAUUCACAAAAUCAGCCAAGAUUUAAAAAAGCCAAGACACUCUCAAAGCUCGCGAACCUCUGUUUUAUCUGCAGCAUUUCAGCGCACGUUGGGCCAGGCAGGCACUUCUAUUAGUGCAAACGCACCGGUGUUAAACAUGUACUUUAUUUUCCCACACAUGAUCUUUGAAUCAUUUGUCACUCACGAAAAAAUGUAAUUUUUUCACACACACACACACACACACACACACACACACACACACACACACACACACACUUUUUUUGUUCAAAAGUUUCAGGAUUUUGGAGGAUCGUGUCACAGUUGCUCGUCUGACAUGUAGUAUGGAGGUGUGUGUGUGUGUGUGUGUGUGCAGUUGUAUCUUCGUUUGUAGACGUGCGCCUGUGUGGUGUGUGUGUGUGUGUGUUUGAGCUCUGUGGCACAGAGUACAUUCUCAGGUCAAAGGAGAGGUUUGCCGAUUCAAAGAAAGCACACCUGUGUAACACACACACACACACACACACACACACACACACUCACACACACACUCAGUGCCAUACACGCUUACUAAUACACACACAUUUACAUACAAACACAUGCAGGAAAAAAAAAACAACAACAAAGAAAUAAAAAUGACCCGGUGAUGUGCACAUACCAAUUCAUACCACUCAGAGCUGUUUAAAUGUAAUAUUGUGAAAUUUGAACCUGUAUUAGGUUGUGGCUAUUCCCAGUAAUAUGUAAACGUAAUAUAAAUGUAAACAGUAUAUAAAAACAUUAUAUCUAUUUUUGGUAUCAAUCCAAUGUAUGGGAAGGCAGUUGUUUUGCAGAUUGCACCGUGUGUAUCGUAUGUGUGUUGUACUUUUGAAAUGAGGCAAUAACAACGUGUGUGUUUCGGUUAAUGGGCCAGCAUCAGUUCCCGUUCCUUUUUGCUACAUGCUUCCCGCGUGGAAGGUGAGGAGCGCAGCGGUUUGUGAAUGUCGAAUCAGUUCUCCGCAGCAUGUCUUCCCGAAUGUUUACUGAAAGGAUAGUAACGGUUUAUUGUUAUAAGUCGGGUGUCGUUUUCAUUUGUCAUUAUGAAUAUAAUUACUGGUUUAACCACAUGAGGACUGACUAGGGUACAAAGGGGAGCAGCAACACAACACUGAAGCAUCCUUUUUUAAACAUAUCAUGCUUUAGGAAGACAUUUUUAUAGCAAUGACCUUU